AUGGGCGACUCUGAGCAACGUACCGUGAAGAGGUCGCGAUUCGACCAGACCGAGCCUGACCCUCCGCGUCGCUCGCGCUUCGAUAGACGGUCUCGUUCUCCGCCCGCCAGAAAGUCCGACUCUGGUCGCGAUCGCAGCCCGCUCAAGAGUGAGGGCGACGGUGCCCCGGAGCCCAAGCGCGCAUCCGCUGUAGAUGCAGCUGCGGCUGCCGCUGCCGCUGCUGCCAAAAUCAACGCCCAGAUCCAGGCAAAGAAAGGUAUCCAACACGUCGAUGUACCACCCAUUCGAUCUACCUCGACCGAGUCACCCGGCCCGAAUGCCGCGACUGCGACCCCGAACCUCAACGGCGAUGUCUACGUUGCAGAUGGCGACUACAUCAAGGACAUAGAGGUUAACGAUUUACGCAACCGAUAUCUACUGACCAAGGGAUCAACUCAAAAGAUGAUUAAAGAAGAUACCGGAGCUGAUGUCACCACCCGCGGUAGUUACUAUCCCGACAAGAGCAUGGCCACUGCAGCCAACCCUCCCUUGUAUCUCCAUGUUACCAGCACCUCCAAGACCGGACUCGAGCAGGCAGUCGCAAAGAUCGAAGAAAUGAUGAAGCAGGAACUCCCGAACCUUGUGGACGAACGACGAUUCCGACGCCGAGACCAGGAGCAGGUAGAGCGAGACGAGUUUGGCCGACGCAAGUGGCCUGACGCCAAGAUCCCCAUUGAUCUCGAGCCCGUUCCCGGUUUCAACCUACGAGCUCAAGUUGUAGGACACGGUGGUUCUUACGUCAAGCACAUCCAGCAGGAAACAAAUUGCCGAGUCCAGAUCAAAGGACGAGGAUCGGGCUACCUGGAGGCUGCUACUAACCGCGAGAGCGACGAAGACAUGUACUUGCACGUAGCUGGACCAGAUCCGGCCAUGGUUGACAAGGCCAAACAGCUCUGCGAGGACCUCUUGGGAAGCGUCAAAGAGCAAUAUGAAGAGUUCAAGAGCCGACCUCCGCGCCAAUACAGCGACCGCGGUGAUCGUGGCGGCCAUGGCGGUGGCUAUGGCGGACGGGAAGACCGUUACAACAGCCAUGAUAGGUCUGGCGGCCACCAAGGCUAUGGAGGUUAUGGUAACAGCUAUAGCAAUUCCCCUACCCCAGGCGCUAACUCAGCCUCGCCUGCACCUGGUGCUGCCAGCGCGGCCAAUUCUAACGACCAGUAUGCUCAAGCGUAUGCCCAGUACUACGGCGGCCAGGAUCCCUAUGCAGCCUAUGGUGGCUAUGCAGCAUACAUGCAAUAUUACCAGCAAUACUACGCUGCUGCUCAGGCUCAACAAGGCUCACCGGCGCCUCCUGCCCCUGGUCAAUCUACCUCGCCGCCACCGCCUCCCACCGAGGCCCCGCCUCCUCCUCCAGGUGGUGCCGCCCCUCCGCCGCCGCCAUCCGGUUCGCCUCCGGGCGUUGGAGGAUACGGAGCUGUUCCGCCCCCUCCCGGCCUUUAA